AUGAUUUGUCAUUUCCCAUCUAAACUAACCGACUCUGGCUCCCCUGCUUAAGACGUAGCGCAAUUCCCUGCCACCGAUCAAAACCCAUUUCUUAAGUUCCACGUUUCUUCGCUUCCCACUCUCAAUCGAUAAUUCUCGAAAUCCGAAACUCCAAUCCAAAAAAAUCCAUAUGAAUGCCGGGCAGUUGUUCAUCUUGAUCUUCACAAUCACCGCAACAGUUUCCUCACAGAAAUCGAUUUAAGCAAACCUAUGCUUACCAGAAGGCGUUUAACGGAAUUCAUAUUCGGUUUCAAUUCGGAAACCUGGAAUAGAAGAAUAACCCGAUGGUUGUCCAGCAAUUCAGGGAAGAUAUUUGCAGCAGUAUGGGGUAAUGGCGAUUUCGGGAGGCUGGGGCUUGGAAAUUUGGAUUCUCAAUGGAGCCCUGUCGCCUGUUCUGCCUUUGAUCGCGAAAUGCUCAAGGAUAUUGCUUGUGGCGGUGCUCACACUCUGUUCUUGACAGAAUCUGGACGAGUUUAUGCUACCGGUCUUAAUAAUUUUGGGCAGCUGGGAAUAUCAGAUGAAAAAAGCUUUUGUACGGAGCCUGUUGAGGUUAGCAUUCAGAAAGAAGCUGUGCAUAUUUCAGCCGGUUAUAAUCACUCUUGUGUUGUUACAGCUGAUGGAGAACUGUAUAUGUGGGGGUUGAAUUCAUGUGGACAGCUUGGUCUUGGAAAAAGGUCAGCGAAAGCGGUACGCCUACCUACUAAAGUAGAUAGCUUAGAUGGUAUAGUGAUUAAGAGGGCUGCUUUGGGUUCCAAUCAUUCGAUGGCUGUUGCUGAUGGAGGUGAAGUCUUUAGUUGGGGAGAUGGACGGUCGGGUAGAUUGGGUCAUGGCCAUGAGUCAACAUUUUUGGGUUUUCUAAAAAGUACCAGUGAAUAUACACCCAGGCUAAUUAAAGAACUUGAGGGGAUUAAGGUUAAACACGUUGCAGCAGGGAUGCUGCACUCCGCUUGCGUAGAUGAAAAUGGAGCUGUUUACAUAUUUGGUGAAAGGGCAACAAACAGAGUGAGCUUUGGUGAGGCAAACAAGGCAACAACACCAUCAAUGAUCAGCACAAUCUUAGACUGCGAAGAAGUUGCCUGUGGUGGUUAUCACACGUGUGUCCUAACAAAAGGUGGGGACUUGUACAGUUGGGGUUCGAAUGAGAACGGUUGUCUUGGGAAUGGGUCCACAAGUGUCUUUCAUCUCCCUGAAAGAGUCGAAGGUCCCUUUUCAAAAUCUCCCGUAAGCAAGAUAUCUUGCGGAUGGAAACACACAGCAGCAAUCUCAGAAAUGAUCCAACACUUCCGUGGAUAAAAGGCUAAAAAAGGGCCAGAACAGCCUAGCCUAGGAGACUUAGGGACAAAGCAGGUAUCCUUUUCCCAAAAGUAGGAAUUGCAAAAAGGUCCUCUAACCUUAUAUUCUGAUCGUGUUAGCCACCUUGAAGAAUUUGUUGGUAUUCCAAUGGAGGGGGUUCUCUUGUCGAGUUGGUAACACAACACGAAGGACAGUUUGAAGAAAUUCAAGCUUCCUUAACCGCCUUCAUGACCCAGAUUGAGGAAUGAUAUAGCAUGAUAACACAUGAUAUUUCUACCCAUUUAUCUUUUGUUAAGGCUAACCUCGAUAUGUUAAAGAGAGUAAUAGGUGAGAUCUAGAAUGAGAUUCUACUAGUUAAGAGGGCUCUAGCAAGCAUUCUAACUAUGGAGAAUGUGGGCUCAACUCAACCAAAGUCAAGAUUUUUGAACCCUAAGCAUUUAACGGUUCAAGAAAAGGAACUUAUGGGUCAUAGAAGAAUACUCCGAAGUACCACCACACAUCCCUGAGGAUGCAAGAUGAUUGAGGAUUUUGUUGGAAUUUUUAUAUUUGUAUAUGAAUAUUUAUUUUUUCUUAAUUGUCUUUAUUCUUUCCAUAUUUGUAAAAGGUCUUUCUCCUAUAUAAGAAGACCUAAUAUGCACAUAUUUAAUAAGAGAAAAAGGAGAAUAAUAUUUUAAUUCCUCCAAUUUCUACAUGGUAUCAGAGCAGGUAAAUCUUGGUGGUUAAACAAAACCCUAGCCACUAACACCACCACCACGUAACCUUGGCUGCCGCACCUUUUCUUCCUCAAUAGUAAAAUCCUAGUGGCCCCUAAAAAACCCUAGCUGUUGCCUAAUUAUCUUCAUUGUUGGAACCGUAGUUGUCAAGUGAAACGGCACACUCAACUUCCAACAAUCUGGGGAUAACUUCACUAGGGUAUUAUCAUUGUAGCCCUAGGUUACCAUUGCCGUUGCCGGUCAUUUAUCUCCGACGUCAGCGGCUAGUCUCUCAAAGCACCACUGGAUGCUGCCUCUUAGCUGCGGGUCACACUUGAUUUCCCUCGAUUCAGCACUAUGUUUUUAGAUCUCGUUGAUCGUUCAAGAGCCGUCUCUGACGGCUGUCCAACUUCUGCCACCGACUAGACCGCAUGUGCUGUUUAUCUGUUCGUUAGUGUUAAUCGUUGUGAAGCCCAGAUCUGUCGAUCUAGCCACCCAUUCAAACACCCAUCUGACAUCCAGAUCGUGAAGUUCCCUGUUUUUUGUGCAUGACAACCAAAUCUGGUGCCGCCAAGACUAGAUCUGGAGCUGCCUUAUCCUUCAAGCUCAACGUACUUCACUAGUUCUGUGACGGUUGGUUGAUUUGCUUGCUCAUCAGUAUUGAUCAAAAGAGGACUAUCACGUGGGUCUUGCGUGAUUUUUUGUUCCAUGUAUGCCUAGAUUAACCUGCUUUGGUUCUAAUUACAACAGAUUUGGUUUGGUUCAUAUUCAGUUUGAUUCAAAUUUGGUUAAGCAUUUGGUCUGGUUUGGUCUACUAGUUUUAUUUAAAAUCUGGUUCAUUUGGUUUGGUUCAAACUGGUUUGGGUUGCUUCUAUUGGAUUUGGUUUAGAAACUCUUUCUUUUUGGGUGGAUUUCUACUAUUUGUUAAAUCUUCUACAAGAGCAAAUUCAUCAAAUCCUACAACUGCCAACCACCAAUUUUCCAUCUUAUAAUUCAUGUGUUUCUUUGACACAUAUAGGUCCCAAGACAUUCUUGUGUAGUAAUUCAUCUCCAUGGUUUAUUGAUUCUGGAGCUUCAGAUCACAUAACUAGUUCUUCUUUUAAUUCGUACUCUCCAUUAUAUUGCAAUGUGAAAAUUAGAAUUGCCGAUGGUCGUUUUUCUUCUGUUGCAGAAAAAUGAACUAUUAAAUUGACUGAAAAUACUUCUCUCCAGUCUGUCUUACAUGUUCCAAAAUUAGCCUGUAAUCUUUUAUCCGUUUCUAAACUUUCUAAAGAUUCUAAUUGUCGUGUUACAUUCUUUGAAUCUCAUUGCAUUUUUUAGGAUCAGGAUUUGGGAAGGAUGAUUGGGAGUGCUAGGAUGCUUGAUGGUCUCUACUACUUUGAUGAAUGUUCUUUAAGCAAUAAAAUAACUCAAGGUUUAGUAGUAUCAGUUCUCUUUCUGUUAAAGAACAAGUUAUAUUGUGACAUUAUAGACUGGGGCAUCCCAGUUUUUCUUAUGUCAAAUAUUUAUUUCCAAAUUUAUUUAAGGAAAUUGAUUGUUCAUCUUGGGGAUGGCAGAGACACUAGUGGAGAUAGCAAAUCUCCUCAGCAGACGAUUGGAAAUACGUGGUAGGGGCAGAGUUUUUAUCGGCCUCUAUCCUGUUAUAUACGUAAGAGGCAGCACAAGACGAGCGAAUGUCUGAAACGAGCAGCCUUUAACGCUUUUCAAGCCUAUUGGCGUCGACUCGAAAGGUAAAGCUGUUCAGAUAGAGGACGAGAAUAUACAAGUAGAGGAAGAUGGAACCCCACGAGUUGGGGCCCUGAGAUUUUUAGCUGCCCUCAAGGAGAGUAUGAGAGAAACGAAGGAAUCCCAAAAAGGCAGACUAAUGUAUGUAAAUGCUUGAGUCAACCAUAGAGUAGCCAAAAGCACCGUGGUUGACUCGGGAGCCACUCAUAAUUUUAUGUCCGAAAUAGAAGUCAAACGGUUGAAUCUCCGUUGGGAAGGAGGCGCAGGUAAAAUGAAAGUAGUGAACUCUGUUUGCCUAUUAUAGGAAUGGUGAAAAGAACAGUCGUAAAGUUGGGGGAUUGGAGUGACCCUGUCGAUUUUGUGAUCGUCAAAAUGGAUGACUUUGACGUGGUGUUGGAUAUGGAAUUCUUGCUUGAACACAAGGUAAUACCGGUACCCCUCACCAAGUGUUUAGUGACCAUAGGGUCGAUGGCCACCGUUGUACAUGCCGGGAUCAAACAGUCGAAUGGGAUAAGAAUAAUCUCGACCCUCAAGACAUUCUGUGUGUCUUGGAAAAGUGUCGCGUUGUCGAGACGGACAAUUUACAUAAGUCCCUGCCUCUAAAGUGAAGGAGAAGGAAGCCCAGACGUAGAGAGUUCCUACCAGGGGACAAAGUUCGAGUAAGAUUGUGCCAAAGACAGUUUUGAUGCCGAAGCCAAAGAGAACGUCGCCUCGUGAGCAGUUGUAGAGGACCGGUGGAAGUCAUAAAAAAGGUUGGGAAAGCUUCCUAUCGGGCACAAUUACCAUUGUGGAUGAAGAUUCAUCCUGUCAUCCACGUAAGUAGAUUGAAACUCUAUCCCCCCGACCAUGUCGAUGAGCGACGUAGGGUGGUGACCUAUUUGCUUGCCACGAUGAAGAGAAUGAUAGAGGAAGAAGUUGAUGAGAAUCUUGCUGGAAGAAAUGCAGAGUUGGAAGACCAGGAUCAAGUUUGGAAGAAUUCCUGGAGAAGUGGAAAAGCCUCUAAGACAGAGAAGUUUGUCGGGAGCGUGCGGAAGACCUUAAGGCAACUGCUCAACAAUUUGCUGAGUUCGAGCAGAGUCGGUUGAUGGGGACGUCAACCAAUCGAGUGGGGGAGAAUGUCAUGGUCAUGUUUGUCCAGGGUGUGUUGCCCAUGGCCGCAUGUCUGCCUCCACCUCUUAUGCUUUCAUCCUAUGUAUUUCCUUUUACUAGGUAGCUUACUUUCUAUGUACUUUUCUUAGUGUGUGACUGCUCGCCCAUUUCCAUAUGUAAGGGUGGCGGAUGUGUUUUUGUUCAGAAUGCACUAUAUGGGGUAAGACUAAUCAUCAUAUCCCCAUACCAGUGAGUCGUAUGCUAUAAAGUCAUGUUGUUGCUUAUUGCUUUCUAGCUGUACGACUAAUGUUCAUUGUUUACACAUGCUUUCAAACGUUUGCAAAAACCUUUUCCUCAAACCUUUUCCCAAGAACGGGGGUGGAGGUUGUGAGAAACGUCCAUUGCGUCAUCGGCUAUUCGGAUUUGGAUUGGCUGACUUGUUCGAGGGCGAGAACAAGUGCGGCACAAUCGCAUCGAGACCCUUAUGAAGGUGCGAUUGUGACACCAGGCACACGGGUGUUGGGCAUCGCAUGUAGGCUGGCAUGAGCGUGCGCAAUACUGUACGCACGGGUGCAAAGGUCUGUGCGGCAGAUAGAGUGGCUGGCGGGCAGGUGCGUGCACAGACAAUGUCAAUAAGGAGCUGAGCGAUCGGCGUGAACUGCUAAGGUCUGAUCUCUUCUCCAAACUCGUGGGUCAUUUCGGAGUAGGGAAGUGACCAAGUAUGUUGUAUGCUGAAGUGUUUGGAGUAGGGAAACGUGGAGUAAGGAACAAGUCAAGAGUUCCCAAGUUUGUAGGAACUUGAGUUGGUCCCUCACUAUAUUUAGCUUGAGGAAAACGUGGGCUAAAUGAAAAGGAAUUCUGGUUUGCUAUUUUUAGGUUGCCCAUUUUCCCAAGCUUCUUAACUACUCCUUCAAAGUAAGGAAGUAGAUGUAUGUAAAGUAGUACAAAAGGGGGUGUGUUCUCAUUUGGGAUCAUCCCACUCCGUACACACAAUUGAGUUGUAAUAACUAUUCUAGCGAGAAUAAAGAAAAGCAAGGGUUGUCUGCCGCUUGGCCAACAUAUGCUUGUGUGCUUUGAUAGUAUCCGAGUUAAAGUGCCCAAAGUGAUCCGAGGACGAGAGAAGGCUGUCUAGGAGUUGAGAACCUCUUAGGCCGCAUGGUGGAUAGGUAAAAAUUUUAAUUUCGAUUUUUAACCCUCGCAGUUUUUAUUCUUGUGGAGGAUUAAAGUUGGUAUCAAAGCGCGGUUCUUAUUCUUGUGAAGGAUAGAAUGAUAGAAGUAUGUUGGUUAGGGAUCCCAACACUAAAAUCGUGGCUUAAAGAUCGUUUGAAUGCGUAGCAUUUGUCUAAAUUACUUCGCAAUGGAGGAUCAGGUGGGUAAAAUACUGACUUUAUUUUGUGUCUUC